AUGAGUGAUAGGGGCAAGCAUUUGCUUGUGUUAGUACAUGGCCUAUGGGGGUCACACACACAUAUGGGUACGCUUAAGCAGUUGCUUGCGGAAACUUUUGCUGAGGACGACGAGUUCAAUGAGGACGAGAUACUGUUCUAUUUGCCUCGUGAGAACGGUUAUCUGAAGACGCUUCAUGGGGUGGAUUACAUGGGGUACCAGGUGAUUAUUGAGUUGUGUGAAUUUGUGAAGAAUUAUGGUGAGCGGCGGAUAGGCAAGAUUAGUUUUAUUGGGUAUUCGAUGGGCGGGUUGGUAUCGCGAUAUGUUAUUGGGAAGAUAUUUACGGAGUGCAAGGAAUUGUUUGGACACAUGGAGCCUGUGUUCUAUAUGAGUUUUGCUACGCCCCACCUUGGUCUUGAGUUUUACACGUCGCAGGAUCCCAAUUCUAAGUCUCUGGUGAUGGAUGUGUUUUUAAUGUUUUUACGGUUUAUCGGGAUGCACGCGUUGGGUCGCAGCGGCAGGCAGAUGUUUUUGGCCUAUGAGCAAGAUGAUACGUUGGUGAAGUUGACUGAGGGUGAAUUUAUCAAGCAGCUGGGCCGCUUCAAAUACCGGAUUGCGUUUGCAAAUGUGAAGAAUGAUCGUACGGUGGCGUUUUACACGUCGUUUAUCAGCGACUACGAUCCCUUUAUCGAGACUAAUAACAAAUUGUUAUACAAAUUUGAUACGCAGCUCCCUACCAAAGGAGUUCUUGGUGUGAACCCCCGGAUUGUGGAUUUUGCCAAUCUUGAUCCUUCUGUGAAGUGCCCAAAUAACCGCAAAUUCCACCUGGUGUUGUUCUGGUGUGUAGUGUUCCUCUCUCUGGCGUUUACGGUGUUCCCCCUAGUUCUGGUGUUCAAUCUGAUGGCAACAAUAUAUAGUUAUGCGGUUACUAUCGCCGAACAGUCCCAGAUAGCCAAGGGUGAUGGACGUCAGAUUCUCAGGCAGAAAUUGGGGUUGGAAAACAACAGUAACGUUACAACCGGUGCCGAGACAUGUGAACCUGAUACCGAUUCGGCGGAUGUCUCGGCUAGAUGUCCUUCAGGAGAAAGCGAGUCCAUCUCAUGGAGCAGGUUUUUGGCGAAAUAUUCAUCGAACACUCGUAUAGGCAACAAAUUUCGGAGAUUGCCCUUUGAUCCUAAACGCGCUAAAAUGUUCGCCAAUUUAAACAAGUUAACCUGGAUCAGGAUUCCCAUUUACAUCAAAUCAAUCAACUCCCAUGACGGCAUUGUCGUGAGAAACGGUCUCAAAGCAUCUUCGACCAUGAGUAUCGCCUGUGCCUGCUUCACUGCCCAUUUCACGAAGUACAUAUUAUUACAAGAACAAAAAAGGGCCAAAUAA